AUGGAAGCCGCGAUAUGUGACCGAUCCGGCUCUCGCGCCGCAACCUUCCAUCUCGCAAAAGAAAGACCGGUAUAUGUCAAUCGCGCUCCCAUGUUCUGUCCAAGAAAUGCAACAUGCAGACGAUAUACUGAUGAGGAAUAUCCUGCCCCUACAGAGUUCGCGAAUGCAGAGCCUGGACAUGCCUCUCUUGUGUUCUCCUUUCCGAACAUCUCUGCACCUUCUAUUAUUCUUUCUAUAUAUAAGUCGACCAGACUUGCAGCUUCGUCACCGCUACUUCAAAAGGAUGAUAUUGGACUAUUCAGAACAAUGGAAUUGCAAAAAGACACUUCAAAGAGGCGUACAGGUUAUGUCCCCAAUACUGAAUAUGACACUGCGACAUCUGGUCAAAAUACCUCAACUCUGAAACUCCCGAAUCCUUCCAAGCAGGACUUAACGCUAGAGAAAUGGCGCACAUCUACCACGACAGCGAAAGAGACACCAAGUACUACGUUUAGCACGGCACGCUACCUCAGAAGCUCAUCAUCCCAGCCUGGGACCAUCUCGCCAUUGGUGAGCCCUAGGCUGAGCCCAAGCAUGAAGACAUUGCCUCGAGGAAUGGCCCAUGUGUAUUACGACACUCUUCGUGAUACGAAGUUUUACGUCGAACAUGGCACACUUCCCCAUGAGCUCAUCAUACUAGCUUGGGAUCACCUUGCCAUUGAUGGAACCGAGGCUGAAGAGGCAGGUUUCAACUUUGAGCGAGCAUUUCGAUCAAGUCUCGAAUCAUCAAUCAUGUCUGAAGUCAAAUCCCGGACCCUGUUGUCCGCAGUGUACAAACUUUUGACUGCGAGGGAGCACCACAAAGAGGUGGAUCUGACACAUCUUUCCAAAGACCCCGCAGCCUUCGGCUUGAACGAACAAGACAUGGAUUUCGUCCAGAUGCACCGGUGCGGAAUGAAGCUGCCUAAUGUCUCUGCGGUCGGCAGUCAUCAGUAA